AAAAUUGAGCGGGAAUCAAGAGGGACGCCAUCUUCGAAAGAGUGCAGCCGCUACAAAAUAUGAUUUCUUUAGACGAAUUCUACUGUAAAAACCCACCCGAUUAGCAAAUUUAACGGUGUAUUUAGAUUUCUAAUGAUCUUGUUCAUUUUUUGUCAAAAUUAUUGGUUUGGUAACAACUAAAAUAACAAAAUGUUUUAUGCACAUUUCGUGCUCAGUAAGAAAGGGCCAUUGGCCCGUAUUUGGUUGGCUGCCCAUUGGGAUAAAAAGCUAACCAAGGCUCAUGUCUUUGAAACUAAUAUUGAUUCAAGUGUGGAAGCAAUUUUAAAACCCAAGGUAAAGAUGGCAUUACGAACAUCUGGACAUUUAUUACUUGGUGUUGUGAGAAUUUAUUCUAGAAAAGCUAAAUAUUUAUUAGCGGACUGUAAUGAAGCGUUUGUGAAAAUUAAAAUGGCUUUUAGGCCAGGUGUGGUAGAUUUACCUGAAGAAAAUAGAGAAGCUGCUGUGGCUGCCAUCACAUUACAAGAAAAUUUCCAUGAUUUUGAAACCACGUUAGCUGACUUGGAAGAUUUAGAUGUUCAAGCACAAUUUUCCGUAAAUCAGAGUCGUCCAGAAGAAAUCACAAUGCGAGAGGAUUACGCAAAUAUUACAUUACUCAAUGAUGAUGGUUUUGGAGAGGAUGAUGAUUUGGGAGGUGAAAUUGACGAGUCUGAAAUUUGUCUUAUCAUGUAUGGGUUUAAAACUUGUCUUCGUGAUCAUCCAUUAGACUUUGAUGUGGUAUUGGAACUAAUUGACCAAACCAGUCCAACACAUAUAAACAUAUUCAAAAGGCAGCAUUCCUUUACCUUUGAUGGGAAGGAAAACCUUAAAUUAUUUAAAGACAAUGUUGACACAAGCAGCAAUAUCUGUGAUGAUAACUUUAUUUUUGUUGAGAAGUUGGUGGAAAAAGACACUAGCAGUGUUCUUGAGGAUAGUGCUUAUUUGUCAGGGAAAUGUGUUAAAUCUUUGUCACAAACAUCUAAUAUUAGUGCUACAUCUAAUAACAGUAUUACAUCGAUCUCAAGGUGUUUUCAGUGCUCUAAUCGAAACCUCAGUACAGACAGUGGGAUAGAUGUAUCCUUUCCCCAAUUAAUCUGUGAUACAUGUACUUGCAUACAAUCAGACUCAAAUUCCAAUAAAUUUUUAAACUCAAAACCACCUAAAUUAUUAGAGAAGGUUUCGGAAAGUUAUUUAGAAAAUCAAGACCAUUCAGUUCAAACAUCCACUCCAGUCAAGAAAGAAUCUAGGCAGCCAUCAUUUUCCUGUGACUUAGGAAUUGACUUAACACCACCAAUUACACCAGAAGCAAAGUCACCAUCUUUUAAAAACCAAGAUGAAAAUUCGCCGAACUCGACAAGUGAGGAUCUUUUGGUGCCUUCUCCACAAAAAUUAUCGCAACUUGAUAGUGGCCUUGGUAUGGAAUGUGAUCCAGGGUACUACGAUUUCGGAGACCAUGGCUCCGAUAUUUCAACUGACACAGGUUUAUAUAAUGAUGUCAGUGAUGAAGAAUUGCCUAGGGUAAAACCGUACACAAGUUUAAAAAAGACAAUAAUCAUGCAGAAAUUUGAGGAACCAAACCCUGACCAAACCUUAAAAUUGCGACGUUCUCGAAGACUCCGAUGGCGAAAGGGUGAUGUUGGUUUUGAUGAAAGAGAGAUUCUGCGAGACCAGUCCCAUGUUGAUGAUCCAUUCUUUAAACAGGCAGAUGUCACAGAAAUCAAUUCCACUAAAGACCAAUCACUAGGCGAAUCAAAUGAUUUGGGAAAACCCAUGGACAUUGAUAUGCCUGGAGAAAAUGAGGAUUUCGGUGGUGGAAUUCCAUUCAUGGAUGAUCACCAUGAUGAUGAUGACGAUGAUGAGGACAAUGAUCCUGGGUUUGGAGAUGAUAUUUUUGGACAAGAAUUUAUGGGGGCGGGUGGAUUAUUUGAAGAUGCUCCAAUUGCUGAUGUACCUAUGGAAACUGAUGUUGGUGUAACUACAGAACCGAUCUCAAAAUCAGAAGAAGUAAAGAAAGUUGAUGAUACGAUAUCUAGUGAAGCUAAUGCUUCAGCUCUACCCCAAGCAUCUGUUACUGGUAUACCUGGUGAACAAACCACACUGGUACAUAAUGAAGAAGAGGCAUUCGCUCUUGAACCACUUGAUGUCACAGCUGUAGCAGGUACAGAAAAGAAGGGUAAAAGAAAGCGAAAAUUGAUUGUAGAUGAGCAGAAGGGAAUCCCCAGUGAAACAAUGAAAUUACAGCUGUCAGUUACAUCCGACAUUGUCACAACAUUAGAUUUAGCUCCUCCCACUAAAAAAUUAAUGCACUGGAAGGAAACAGGAGGUGUGGAGAAGUUAUUUGCACUGCCAGGUCACCCGAUUAUAUCUCGUAUGACAACUCGUCUGUUUGGUAGAAAUCUCAUCACAAAGUCUAUUAAAGAAGAUGUUGAACCAGGUGAUGAUCUGUUAGAUCUUGAUACACCAGAAUUACCCAGAGAAGAAGAAAAACAACAAUUGGAUGUCACACGUCAAUCUGAAAUGAGCACAAUACUUGAAGAACCAUCAUCAAUUCAUGAAACCUCUAAGCGAUCUCGGCGCAGUGAGAAAACAGUGGAAAAACCCAAAGAGGUGGUCCCGGAGCCCCCUACCAUACCAGACACAUCAUUACUCCAGGAUCCCUCAGCAAUACAAGAACCAUCUAACGCCCAGGAUAUCUUUGGACAAACAUUUACCGAAGAUGUUGUUGAUCUUCCCAAUGAUCCCAUGUUGAAUGAUCCAAAUAUGGAGGAUGGUCCUCCUUCGAUAGCUCCAUUCUCUGUUGGACCAUCAUCUGUUCCCCCACCCUCAGUUGGCCCACCUUCAGUUGGUGCAAAUGAUGCUCCCACGUUUGAAGACGUUAUUGAAGGGGAAGUUGAAGGUGUUUUACCUACAGAAGAUGCUGAAGAACAAAGGUGGAGUAAGAGAACACAACAGAUGCAACACACAUUUGAAAUCGCAUUCCGUUAUAGCGAGGAAUUAAGUUUUAAAGAAAUGGCUAGGAAACUGGACCGUAAACAAGCAGCAUCACGAUUCUAUACCUUACUAGUCUUAAAGAAACACCAAGCCAUCACAGUUGAGCAAAAUGAACCCUAUGGAGAUAUUCUCAUUGGACGAGGUCCUCAGUUCGGAAUAAUGUGUUAAUGUUAAAGUUUUUAUUGACUGACAAUUUAUUUGAAGGUUUUAAUGAAUUUGACUGUAAUAGUGCUGACGUGAUAGACACUGUGAGUUAAGGCAGCAACAGUACUUGUAAAAGAUGUUUAAAUUCUCAUCAAAUCAAACGUGAAUAUUAUUGAGAACAUUAUAAAUAAUAUAUUCUUUGUUGUUACUUUGAUAAUCCCCUCUUUUUUUCCUUUAAAAAUGAGGGCCCUGUUAAACAAAGCACAUACAAGACUGAUGUACAAAACAACUCAUUUAACUUGCAUGUACUCAAUGUAACAUAUGCUUUGUGACUUGAGGCCCCCAUGUACACUAUGCUUUGUGUUUGUAACAAAAGCCUGGACGUACACUAGUAACACUAUUUAUUGAAUAACAAUUACUGGUUUAUUAACAUGCAACAUUUCGACGAUGAUGCUCUUGUCUUUAUCAAGCAAAUGACAAGACAAGAAAGAGUAUCAUCGUCGAAACGUUGCAUGUUGAUAAACCAGUAAUUGUUAUUCCAUAAAUAGUGUUAGCGUGUUACUGUUCAAUUACUAAAUGCCACUUAAAGAAUAUCCUGGACAUAGGCUCUGUUUGAGCAGAUUCUUUCUUUUUUUAUUGAACAUGUAACCAUAAAUAAAAUUAGUUGCAUGUUAAUCUCAAAAUAUUGCUGUUAUGAUGAGACGUUUAACUCCAUUCCUUUAUAAAUUAAGAAUAUUGUACUUUAUUUGGUCGAAUUUCAACUCGCUAAAGAAAACUCAGUUUUAAAGGAAAUUUCUGGGGAAAAUUUAGAAAACAGUGACAUGAAAAGGCUAAAUAUUUGUCAUGUUACUAUUAAUCUGUUCGUAUACCAGGGUAUUUUUAAUAGCAACUAUUUUCAUGAUGAAUGAGAGGAUUAUUAAAGCCAUUGCUGAUUGUUCUGUUUAAAAUUCAAUAAAUAUAUAACUAUACCAGUUGCAUUUAUUGGAAGCAAUUUCUUCAAAUGAUUGCUUCUGAAUUGACGAUAUAUAUAUAUAUUAUAUUUACCAGAAUAUAAAAUGGGAAAAAAAUGUUAUAAAAUUUUUUCACCAUAUUUUCACUAAAAGUGAUCUUGUUAAUAUUGUAAAUAUGUGUCAAAUUUUAAUAGAAAACUCGUACACCAGGAAGAAAUUGUUAAAAUAAAUUUUCAAUUUCCUUCCCCCUUUCCCCCAUAUUUCAUGUUCUAUGUUAUCAUUAUUUUUUUAGAUUUUUUAAUUUAAAUUCAACAUUUUUUCAUAUUUGGUGUUACAUGUACAAAUAUUUGUAGCAAAAACUAUGUAACUCGAAUGCUCUAAUUCACUCAUAAUCACUGGAUAUCUGUUGUUGAACAUUUUAGUUGUGUCUUCAGAAUUGGGUAAAUGUCUUGCCUGAACCAGAUAGAUACGUGUUAUAAUAUCCAGGGAUAGUAACUGAAUUUGAGGAAACCAGGUAUGUUUGGAGUUGCAAGAAAUGUAGUACAAUGCAAUAUUGAUAUUAUGGAUUUAUUAUUAUUAUUAGUCCGUUUUAAACAGGCCGAGGUCUCUUGUAAAGAUAUUUCUCAAUUUAAAAUAUUAUAACUAAUUAAACCUCCAAAAGGAGCAACAAUGUCUGUCAGCUACACUUUGUAAAUAUAGAUAGGAAUACUUGAUAUCAUUAUUAUGGAAUUGAUCUUGUUUUAUGUAUACAUAUGCAUGCUUUCCAAUUUGGCAUAAACAAAUAUUAGAUGAAUCGAACAAAAAAAAUCAUUAGUUUUAAAUCUCGAGUCAACAUAUCCAAUCAAUUGAAAUAAAUUAGAUCUGAAUGAAAGGAUGUAUAUUUUCUAGAAUAUCUGGACAGUUCCAAAAUAGUCUUGUUGGAUUGAUUAUUAUGUCUUGUAGAAGUUUAAAAGCCAUAGGUCUUUAAUAAAAUAGAUUUUAGCGCACACACACUUCAGCAAGACACUAUAAUAAAUCCAUUAAGUCAUUGUUAAUCAUUCAUAUACCAUUUAUCAAAACCAUUAUAGAAAAAAACAUUUAUCAGAACCAUUAUAGAAAUAUAAAUUAUUAUAUUUGUAGAUUAAAAUGUGAGACACCAUUGACCAUGUGUUACUAUGUAAUAAAGAAACAUUUGUAUAUGUCAUUAAUAUCAUUUAAUGAAAGGACUUUGUGUUUUUGCUAAGCGAAGAAAAUAGAACCCAUAUUUUCCACAAAAAAGGCGAAUGCACAGAGAAAGCAGUAGUCAUGGGAAUAUGACAGUAUAAUGUAACUAGUACCUUAAGAUUAUUGAAGACAGGUGGGCAAAUUAUGUUAAUAUCUAAAGUUAAUAUCUGAUUGAUUUUAAAUUUAUACAUUGUGUUUAAGGUCAUGAAACGAAGCGUUUAAUUUGCAGCGAUUUCCGAUAAUUACUGCCAGAGUUAUGGCCCUUGAUCAAUUUGAAAAAUCUUGUGCAUGCACUAGAGGUUAAAAUUAAUAUCUGAUUUACUUUAAAUUUAUACACAGUGCUUAAGGUCAUGAGACAAGAAGCCUAUUGAAUUUCAGCAAUUUCCAAUAGUUAUUACCAGAGUUAAGCCCCUUGAUCUCUUUGAAAUAUCUUGUUGACGCCCUGUGUAUAAUUAAGUCUAUCAAAUAUUAACAAGUUAUUUUGAUAAUCCUGUAUUCAUUAUCCUGGGAACUGUGGUGGACUAGUGAGGUAGUGCUGGCUUUCUAACCAGGUCAGUUCAAUCCUGGUGUUGGCCAUAAAAGCUCUCUAGGAUUUUCCAGCACACUUUCGCCUUCAGUGGUGUAGAUUGGUGUCUGGUCAUCGGAUGGGAGUAAAACUAAGGUCCUGCAUGUUGGCAGUUGAAAUUUGAUAUAAGAGUAGGACCAUAGUGCCCCUGUCCGGGAAAAAUUUCCCUCAAACAUCAGUGUGUAGUGUAUGCCCAUCUUCAUUAGCCUAGGAUGCUAAACCCCAUUUCAUUUCUUUAAAUCCUGGUUGUUGCAGAAAAGCAGUACGUUCAAUCUCAUUUCAUUUCCGAUCAUCAUCAUAUGACUUCAAAAGCACCGGUUUCCAAAUACAAACCGAAAGAAAAACAUUUUAAUGAUUCUGAUCUUGACCAAAUAUUAUAAAUAAUUGGGUUGGAAUUGGAACAUAAAUCCAGAUGAAUCAAAGUUGGUUAGGGUUGAAAUCUGACUUUUUGUCUAAAAUCAGAAGGGAUAAGACUAUUUCAUUUCAAAAUAUAUUUUUAUUUUGUUCCUCUUCAAUUGUUUGACAUGAAAAACAUGUAUCCUUUUUACUAACAUAAAUAUAAUUUAUUAUAAUCAAUUCAAAUGCAGUGGAUCUAUGAACAUUGGAAAAUAUUAUCUCUUGUUGCAUUAAUGAUGUGUAUAUUUUUAGGGCAAAGUAAUUAUUUUUUUUUUUGUGUUACCAGUUAACAUCACAUUCACAAAACAUUUAGCAGAAAAUGUCAGAUGUGAAUAUUACUUUUAAAACGAGAUUCUGUUAAAUUACUGCAUCAUAUGAUCAGUUACAACUGAAUAAACUGCUGUUAAAUCAAUUCUGAGAUCCCCGUUUUGUUGUGUCCUUAACGUUCAAAGCUCCUCAGAGAAAAGGUCACUUAUAAGUGGCAAUAUACAUACCGGUAGUUUGUUUAUCAGACAAAUAAACCUAAACAUUUGUUUAUAUAUAAACAUCUACAUUUUCAGCUCAUUGCCCAUGUAUGAUUUAUAAAUGACUACAGAAUAGCUUAAUCUUAAAUAAAUAGUUAAUCUUUAUUUUUUACUAGCUUAGUUACCCAGCCUUGCACAGUUAAGUUACUUACUUAAAUGAUUUUGCCAGAAGGUAAUUGGGCCAUGUUCUAAAAUGUUUCUUUUGUGUUAAAAUAUUAAUCCUCAUAACAUGCAUACUAACACAAUAAUCAUUAAUUGUUCGAUAUAUUUUUUGUACAAACUGGUUAGUAUGAAGUUAUUUUAAAAUUAAAGAUGCAUUAUGCAAGAGCGAAAUCUUCCUAUUGCAUGUUUUUUUUUUUUCUGGCUUCAUAUAAUAGGUUAACAUUAAAAUGGACAGAAAAUGCCAAUGAAAACUUUGUUUAUUAUCAUGGCACUUGACAAUCAGCAAUUUCUUGCCAAAACUUCAAACUGUUAUAACUUCACCUGGAAUAUUCCAGUAAUUUUCAAUAAUAUUCAUUUUUAUACGCCCACAUUUUCAUGUGGACGUAUAUUGUCGUCGCCCCUGUCCGGACGUCUGUCCACAAUUGUUUGUGAACAGUCUACAGGUCACAAUUUUUAUCCGAUUUCAAUGAAACUUGAAAUAUAGGUUUAUCACCCUAAGAUCUCGGUUCCUUUCGAUAUUAGCAUCUAUCGGACCGUAACUACAUGGAUUAUGGCCCCUGAUUGUACGAAAAAUCACGUUUUUGGCUUGUGAACACUGUAGAGGUCACAAUUUUUAUCCGAUUUUGUUGAAACUUGAAAUGUAAGUUUAUAACCCAAAGAUCUCGGUUCCUUUCGAUAUUCGCGCAUAUGGGACCGUAACUUCCUGAAUUAUGGCCCCUGAUUGUACGAAAAAUCACAUUUUUAGCUUGUGGACCCUAUAGAGGUCAUAAUUAUUAUCCGAUUUAAAAAAUCAUAUUAUUAUAUCACGGUUACACCCUAAGGACGACUGAGUUCGAAUUUCGUGAAAAUCGGCCAAAAACUGACAGAUAAAAUGGCCGCCCUUCGUUCUCAAAUAACGUAAAAAUAUUGUAUAUCAGAGGUUACAAUUUUUAUCCGAUUUUGUUGAAACUUGAAAUGUAAGUUUAUAACCCAAAGAUCUUGGUUCCUUUCGAUAUUUGCGCAUAUCGGACCGUAACUUACUGAAUUAUGGCCCCUGGUUGUACGAAAAAUCGCGUUUUUAGCUUGUGGACACUAUAGAGGUCAUAAUUUUUAUCCGAUUUAAAAAAAACGUAUUAUUAUAUCACCAUUACACCCUAAGGAAGACUGAGUUCAAAUUUCGUGAAAAUCGGCCCAAAAUGGCCGCCCCUCGUUCUCAAAUUGCGUAAAAAUAUGGUAUAUCAAGGUUGUGGACCCUAUAGAGGUCACAAUUUUUAUCCGAUUUUGUUGAAACUUGAAAUGUAAGUUUAUAACUCAAAGAUCUUGGUUCCUUUCGAUAUUUGAGCAUAUCGAAUUGUAAUUUCCUGAAUUAUGGCCCUUGAUUGUAGGAAAAAUCACUUUCGUUUUAGCUUGUUUUCUAUCCAUCUCUCGAAAAUGUGGGCGUACCCUGCCUGGCAGCCGCUGGUUCAUUACCGGUAUCUAUUAUUAUAGCAAGAACAGCCAGAACUUCAUCUAAAUCUUACAUAAUGCAUUUUUGGUAUAUUAUUUUUUAUGUCAAUACUUGAGCUUAUCGAUUAACUAAUUGUAUGAAUAUAAUAAGGCUUAUUUACAUUAGAUGGACGACUGUCUGCGAUAUCACCUCUGUGGAAGCAAACAUUAAAUCAUUUAGGUCAGUUUUUUUUUAAGCUGUCUCGGUACAAAAAAGUAGGAAGUUAAACCUCAUUUAAUUUUAUCUAGCUCAUCUAACAUAGUUGCAGAUACUUUGGUCAUCCACUGCGCUUGUAUGUAGUUGAAUUAUUAUCAUUGUCAUACUUAAAUGAUUGAAGAAUCAUCCAGAAUUGUUAGUUAUUAUGAGGAUAUGGUAUGGUUUUCAAAAGACUAUAUAAUGUAAUGCUAAAUCAAUCCAAUGGCUUGGACUAAAACAAUCUCCUCAAUGCUCCUCUUAUUUCGCACUUUUCAUAUUUUUAGAGGAAUUAUUUCAGAAUGACAGAGUGGCACUGAGGAUUGGUCUAUUGUUUAUGAUGCUACAUAAAAAUACUGAUAUGUCAUUACAAAUUGGUCUUAAAAAAAUAACUGGUUCCUGUUAAUUUAUAAUCCCAGAACUAUUCAUUUUAAUAUAGUACAAUUUUGUGUUCCCCACUUGAUGAGCAGAAGAGAAAUACUGACAAAGAUUUCCGUUCAGAAGAAAGCUCAGUAGAAUUUAUGUAUUACAUAAAGAGCCAAAAAGGCAUAUUUCAUCAAUAAAUAAUUAUUAUACUAAAAUUGUAUUCCUUUGUUAAAUAUAUGUACACCAUACUGACAACAUGGUAUAGACCCGUGAAUGAAUAAUAAAAUAAAAACACAUGAAAUAUGAAUUUCAUUUGCGUUAACAAAAAUGUCCGACAGUCAAAAUUUUGAAGUGGAAGCCCUGUGCCACCUGUAUUGUCUAUUCUUCAAAAUAAAGAUGAUACGUUUAAUGCAAUA